UGCCUACAGGCAGCCACACACACAACCCAGAGCCGCCACAAUAUCUUACCUUUUAAAUUAGACAAGUCAGUACAAGACAGUAUGCUUAAUAAUAAAUGUAUUUUAAAGUUAUUUGGUUAGUGCGCACAUUUCUACAUGUACUUUCCUGUGGACAGAAAUGGCACAGAUCCGGCGGAAUAUGCUUUAUAUGUUUUUUUUUGAGUAAUAUUCCCCUGUUCUCUUUAUGAGGGGCGUUUUCCUGUGCUUUAGGAAGCGGGAGGUCAGUGGUAUUUUGAGGCUGGGUUUGGGUGAUUCUGCUGAUGUUGCGGUAGGCGGGUUUGGUUUCCUCACUGAGGUAAAAACCAGUAAUCCCACCGCACGCGCGCAGCAGAGGAGCUCCCGCGCGCUGGAGUUCCAGUCCGUGCUCUGGUUUCCCUUUUUCCUCCCAGAGAAACACCUGCGGAUACCAACCAGCUCCAUUCAGCCCUUCCUGAGGAUCUUUACAGCUCUGAGCUCCAGACUGAAAGCACCGAGAGGAGGCUGAAGUGUUUGGACACUUUUUGGACGAUUUUAAAGCAGAACAGGACCUCUGGAGUCUCCAGUGUCUGAUAACCUGCAUGAAAUGUAACCUGCUCACAUUCAGCCCAGCUGUACAGGAUUUCUUCAGAAAUACGAUGCUGCCUGAACUUCAUUCCAGACUGCUUUACCAACCUUUCUCCUUAUAAACUGGUGACUCUCGAUUUUCUGUGAAAAUGGGGACGCUUGACCAUCUUUCAGUCAGUCAGUGGAUCCAGCCGAACGGUUCCUUAAAUCUGCUUGCCAACUCUUCGCCAACAGCCAUCCUGCCAGAGCCAGUGUCUUCUGCCAGUCACACAUUGGUAACGUGUGUGUUAGGAACUGUCCUGAGCCUGAUGUUUGUGGUGGGCGUGUUCGGAAACGUGUAUACCUUGGCGGUGAUGAACAUCUCCGUACGCGUCACUGGAACCAUGUAUGUCUACAUUGUGAACUUGGCCCUGGCUGACUUGCUGUACCUGGCCACUGUGCCCUUCGUAGUUUGCACCUAUUUUGCAAAGGACUGGUACUUCGGAGACGUUGGUUGCCGGAUCCUUUUUAGCCUUGACUUCCUCACUAUGCACGCCAGCAUCUUCAUCCUCACCGUGAUGAGCACCGAGAGGUACCUGGCUGUGGUGAACCCACUGGACACUCUGGCUCGGGCUAGACGCUGCAGGAGAGCUGUGGCUUGGGCUGUGUGGCUCGCCUCCUUCGUCCUCGCCCUGCCAACCAUGAUCAUGAUCGACCUGAGGAGACAUGUUCAAGAUGGCAUUGAGAAGCGUAUGUGCCACCCUACCUGGCAACUCACAGCCUAUAAGGUGUAUUUAACGGUACUCUUCAACACCUGCAUCUUGGCUCCUGGCUGCAUCAUUGGGUACUUGUACCUGAAACUGGCCAGGACUUACUGGCUCUCCCAGACUACCGUGUUCUCGUCCAAGGAAAUGAACAAGUGUCCCAAGCAGAAGGUGCUCUACAUGAUCUUCGGCAUCGUUCUCACCUACUGGGCGUGCUUCUUACCCUUCUGGUUGUGGCAGCUGCUCAGCAUCUAUUACCCUGGGAAGCUGUCUCGCAACACAAUGGUUUACGUCAACUUUGUGGUGACCUGUCUGGCGUAUAGCAACAGCUGCAUCAACCCGUUCCUUUACACGUUGCUGACCAGAAAUUAUCAGGAGUACCUGAGAGACAGGCAGAAGAGCAGCACUGUCUUCAAGAAGAGGUUUCGUCAUUCAUCUCAGAGGUCUGUGUCGUCCGGAAGCCACCAGUUUACAAAUGUUUCGUGUAGUACACACCAGAAUGGCGUUCUGGAUGCCUAUACCAAGCUCUGACAUUUUCAUGCGAGUAGGAAAAUGCUUUCAUAACAGUGAUGCCAUUCUUCAAGGGAGCACAAAUUACAUUCACAAAGCAUAAUCAGACCUUUCAGGAGAGUGAACUCGAAUUUAUCCUCGACUGAGUUAUUGCAGGAAAACAAAGGCUCUCCUGUACAGACCAACAGAAUCAAUAUGAAUGACAUAUGUUUAGGGAUGAGGCACCCACAGCAAAUUACAGACCAAAUCAGGCAGGAAUGGAAAAGCCGAAGCGAGGCAGAGGGACGUCUCUGUGAUUUUCAAUAUAACUCUCACAGAAAAUGACAACAGUGACAGAAAUUAGCCAAGCGGUGGCAUUUCUGCUGCUGAAAUGCUGCAAAUCGAAGGGGAAAAAAAGUGAAUGGCAUCCAGACGUGGGAAGAGAUGUUAAAUAUUUAUUCAUGUGACUGACUGUAGUGGCUUGAGUUCAAUCAGAACAUAUUAUUUUGCUUUUUUUAAUAUGAUUGAGGGGUCUGGACACUUUGGAUAGUUUUCUUUUUACGACAUACAUUCCUAAAAUUAGUGGUGCUACAAAUUGAGUGAUGCUGUAGAAGAACCAAUUUUGAUUCUAUAAAGUGUAGAGAACAUUUAAACACACAGUGGUGUGUACAUUGAUCAUGAAGUGUUAGAUAAAGGGGAUGGCUUGGGAUUGCCCAUACCUGUAUAAAAUGCACACAUUAAACAGUCCUUGACCCAGAGUGUACUGGGAAUACCUCAUAGAACGCAUUACCAACCACAGUGGACAGUGCAGUGGGUGGUACUGAUUGUGACCGGCUGCAUCUGGCUAAAAUUGUCCAUGCAAACAGCCAAUUAACUCUGGCAGACAUUACACACAUUCAAUGCAACAAACCCCACACAGAUAUCCUGCAGGUCAGUGCAAUGUUCUUUAAUUUCAUUCUUUAAGGAUCACAGUUUAUGAUUACAGUUUUUAAAUAAUGUGCGUGAGUGGUUCUUCUAUGGCAUCACUGAAUUAACCUUUGUGACACCUUUUUUUAGGAGAGCAGAGUAUCAUUUACAGUAAUGGAGGGUCUCAAUUACAAACUAGACACUUAUACCAAACCUAUAACAAGAAAUAAACUGAAUUCUAAUCUUAGUAGUGCAGGUUUAGCAAGUUAAUACACAAAAUACUGUGGUAAUAUUCUAAAAAAAACACUGGGCAAUAUGAAAUCAAAUGAGUAUCAGUAUGAUUAAUUACACAUUUUACAUUAAUUACGAUUGACGAUUGUUUUGAAUGAAUGAUGGACAGUAUUUUUAUUGAUACUACUGCUCGAAUUGGUCAAGUGAUCAUUUUGUCUAUAUUAAAUAUUGCUAUUGGAAUCUGUAUAGAGGCUAGAAAAAAAAAUUUAAUAUUGGAAUUCUUUUAUUCUUGUUAUUUUUGGCCGCUAUUAUUUUUGUGGUGCAAAGACCUUUAGGCUCAUUAAACAAUCUUCACUCUAUAAGCUCUUUAUUUAGUUAUGCAGCAAGAUUACAAUCCAUUAUAAAAAACAGCCUGGCCAGCUCAAGCUGCUUAAACUGGUUGACUGGUUUAGGUCUUGGUUAGUGUAGGGUAGGGUAGGGGUGGGCGAUAAUAUCACGAUAUUUCAUGGUAUUUUCACGAUUACAGAACACAAUACUUGAGACGCUAUGAUAAAACACUGAAUUACAAAAAAAAACUAUUUCAAGAAUACAGUACUGCAACAAAAUGAAAAUAAAAUGUUAUUAUUGUAUACAAUAUGAUAUGGCACACCCCUUACUGAGAUAUUAAAAAAAGACUAAUUAAGAAUUUUAUCAUAUUUUUAACAGAAGUCAAUGUUCCAGAAAUCCAGAAUGUCCUGAUACUAAUAAUGCACUUCAAAUAUCUCCAUAUAUCCAGGAUUAAAGUAAAAUAAAUGAUACUGGACAGAUAUCAUAACCUGUCUCUAGUAGAUAUAUAAUGCGAAAUGAGAACAGUGUGAAUUUUUCUUUUGCUAAAAACAGCAAAAAAAAAGUAGUACCCUGAUGUGAUAAAUAGGGGUGGGUGAUAAUAUACCACAAUAUUUUAGAGUAUAAUAUUAUUCACAACAUAUUUAAAAAUGUUGGCAAUAUUAUUAUGUAUGAUAUGGCACACCCCUAGUAUACUGUAGGGUAUGUUUAGGUUUGAGUUUGAAAGUUUAGAUGGUCUAUAAGUGUGAUCAACCUGACCAAGCUAUAAAAAAACCCCACAAAUACCAAGCUCGACUUUGCUUUAUCUAUAUAGGGUAUGUUUUAUCUGGAUGACCAGCUUCUCAGCCACCUUAAUCAUCUGAAACCUGAACCAGAUUUGUAGCAGGGUAGUGGUUAAAAUGUGAACUGAGUGCUGUACAGAUUUUAAAGAUUGCCAGUGAUUAUAGCCUCAGCUUUUAACACAUGGAAACACAAACACAAGUGGGAAUUCUGACGGGAAUACCAAGGGCUGAGUCUGAACACAUGUUUUGCUCAUCAGUCUCAAAUGUUAAAUUAAUUCGCUUUAUUAAGUUGCUGAUGGAGGAGGUGGGGUGGGGUGGUGACAGUGGUGAUUCAGCCCAGCUAAUUAACCUCUAAUCACUUUCCAUUGCUUUUUGAAAACUGCUGCCAAACUGUGCUGUAAUGUGUGCUUUCAGUUAAGCCAGAGAUACAAAACGAUAUGAGUAGGUGUAGACUGUUUAUUUGCUCUUGCUUUAACUGAACCCUUACUGCUGUUGUAUUGCUGUUUUCACAAAGUCACAAAAUCUAAAUUACAAUAUUAAAAGAAUGUUUUAGUAGGAUUUUCUUUGUGUAGAUGUUCUGUGGUCUGUUCUAGAGACUAUUUUAUAAGGCAGUGUACGAGAGAAUCAUCUCUAUUGUUUUGUGAUUAUUUUUACUUGUAUUGCUCAGUCUUGUAAAACAUUGAAGUAACACUUUAUUUAAAGGGUACCUAUAUUGGUAGGCCUGUCAAGAUCACCUGUUUUUAUUUGUUUUUAUUGUGUUUUAAUUGUGAUAAAUUAUAAUAUUUUAAUUUUAAUACCAUUUUGUUUUCUAAAAUAGUAAAUAAAAUAAAACCACUGCUUUAAAAGAAA